AUGGAAGACCCUGAUUGGACGCGUCUCAGAAAAGACGACCCUCGCAGUAGAGGAUCCAUGUGGCGGCGAUUCAAACACGCCCUCGGCUACUAUGGUGCCCGGAAGAAGUUUCUGAAAAGAAGAACAAAAUUCGUUUCUAACGAUGAUCCUGAUGAAUCACUGAAGCUUUUAGAUUAUAAACCAGGCCACAUGAAUGGUUCAGAAUGGAGUGAUCUGUUAAUUUCUAAUGCCAAUUCAAGGUUAAUUAAAUCCGAGUCUUAUCCUCCCCCUGGGAGCAAGAGAAGAGGAGGGUAUAAACCUAGUGCCCUUAAAGAGAAGGAGAUUGAAGUUUGGGUUUCAGUAAAUAGUACUGGAGAAAGUUGCAGACAUGUAAGAACAGAACUAGAAAAACUCAGAAACACUACUUCUCUGAAUGAUUCAUCUGCAGAUAAGUAUACUAGGUUGUUUGGGCCGAGUUUCGGGAAGGAAAAGGUGUUGCAGACUUGUAAGAGCUUGAGUGUGAGGAAGGAGGUGGAGAUACCCUUUCUUCCAUUAAGAAGGAUCCGGUCUGUAUCGAGCGCUGAAUCCAUUAAUUUGCAUCAAGUUGAGUCCCUUCGUUCCGCCUCCUUUGUACACCAUUAUCCGUUAUCUGUUCCAGAAGAGGGCAGUGGUAUGAACACUGCAAGUUUAGUCGGGGAGAAUUCGGUGGGGUGUGAUGGAAGACGAGAGAAAAUUGUGUCGAUUGAUGAUGUAGUUGGCCUCAAUCUGGAUGCCAUUGCAGAAAAUGUGUUUGAAGAGUUAAUAGUACUGGACACGAGUGAUUCUUCGGGAGGAGAAGAGGAUUUUAUCAAUCUUUUUCCUUCUGAUAUAGAAGAAGUAUCUGCAGCCUAUAAAAUCUCAGAAGUAGGUUCAGAGGACAAAUGCAGUAAUGCUAAAGACGACGAUUUUGCAAUCAACUCGAGCAAGAGUUUGAAUACAGGUUCUAAGAAUCCAGACAUAAGUUACAUAAUGCAUCUUCUUGAGAAUUCAGGCUUAACUACUCUCAAUUUCUUCAAUGACAAACUGUUUUUAAGAGAGCAGCCAUUGAGCCCUUCACGGUUUAAAGAAAUCGAAGCUUUUUGGCACCAAGAAGGCCAAGAAUGCUGUCAUCAUAAGAUGCUGUUUGACUUGGUGAAUGAGGUGUUAGUUCAUAUGUGUGAAAAAUCAUUCACAUACUACCCGAAAGCCCUAUCUUCCGGUUGUCGUGUUCGUUCAUUGCCACCGGAUAAUCGUCUGUCUGAGGUUGUCUGUGGCAGCAUUAGCAGCUGGCUAAGGUUGUCUGCAGAGGUGCAGAAGACAACUGAUGGUAUAGUUGGGCAUGAUUUGGAGAAAGAUGAUGGUUGGAUGAACCUGCAAUUGGACAGUGAGGAUGUAGCACUGGAGCUAGAGGACAUGACUUUUGAUGAUGUUUUAGAUGAGAUGAUUUUUGAUGAUCUUUUAGAGGAAUUGUUUGAUGUUAAGUUAUAGAAAUUAUAGUUCUUGAAUUGUUUGCAAUUACC